AUUGAGACGAGCGACCAUGAAGGAACCAAUGCCCCACUCGUUUUCUUUCUUUACCAUGAGUAGGACUCUCAUGGAUAUGGAGAAGGAGAAGCCUUCCCUCAAUAAAAUACUUAUGGGUAUGCCAUUUAAAGCUACCAGGUUAAUCAUCACGUGUUGCAGUUUGGCAUUUCAUCACGCUUGGCCUCCUCAUCUAGAAGCUAUUACGAAUGGUGUUAUUAUUAUUGUCUAUUUUGUCUACAUAAAGUCUAGAAGAGAGGGUAAGCACGAGGGUCAAGUCCAGCGAACCGAUACAACCCUCUGCUAUGUCCGGUAGUGACAGUCUGAUGUGCGCGUCCGUUCGAUUCAUACGAGUUUUUCCGCACCCUCUAGUUACAACUUUAUUUCCACGCGAUUGUAGCAUAUCAAAUAGAAUAUUCUAUUUUUUACUUUCAUACAUCAAGGAAAAUAAUCAGGGUGACGGAUGGUGCUGCUGAAAACUCCGUCACCGCAACGCGGCGACAGCCAAAGAUCUAAAAAUCAGCCCCCAAAACUAGCAGAUUCAACUCGUCGAUCGCGUGGUAAUAGUCCAAGUGAAAGAUCAAACGUAUCUCGUGGCAACAGUCCUUCCAAAGCUACUUCUUCUGGAUCUAAGAAUAAGUCAUCGAACUCUUGGACGUCAAAAAGAUCAGAAUCAGGAAGCAUCGAACGACUGAGCGAUGGAGACAGAAAGAUAGUAGCUUCGAAACACCUUCUCCCUGAAGACAACAUCAAUGUCGUUGUUAGAGUCAGGCCAUUAAAUGAGAAAGAAAUAAAAGCUGGUGAUAAAUUUGCUGUUCAGUUUCCUGGUGAUGGACAGAUACAAUGCGAUACAUUACCUAAUAGCAAUGAAAAAACUAAACUUUUUUCUUAUAAUGUCGUUUUUGAACCUAUUGCAAGCCAAGAAGAUGUUCUUCAGUAUUCUGGAAUUAAAAAACUCAUUGACAUGGGUGUGGAGGGAUUUAGCUGCACAGUUUUUUGUUAUGGACAAACUGGAAGUGGAAAAACUCAUACACUGACGGGCCCACCAGGCUUGUUUGAUCAUGUGGAUCACUACUCUGAAGACCAUGGAUUAGUCUUUCGUUCAUUUGUUUAUCUUUUUAAAAUCCUGCAAGAACGACAAGGAUGCAACUUUGUCCUCAAGGCUUCCUUUCUUGAAAUUUAUAAUGAAAAAAUUAUGGAUUUACUUAAUCUAGGGUCAUCAAAAAAAUCUCUGCCAGUUCGGUGGAGCAAAAAAACUCGUGGAUUUUUUGUAGAAAAUCUUUUCACUGUUGAAUGUGAAGAGCUGGAUGAUUUAUUAAGUGUUUUAGAAGAAGGCAUGAAAAAUCGAGCAGUUGGUGCACAUAAUAUGAAUGAACAUUCAAGUAGAAGUCACACGGUUCUUACAGUGCAUAUCAGGUCUGAGCAACAAAUGGAGAACGGCGUGUUCAUUUCCAAGCAAGGAAAAAUUAAUUUCGUUGAUUUAGCUGGUAGCGAAAUGACUAAAAAAACAAAUAGCGAGGGAAAAACACUUGAAGAGGCCAAUAAUAUCAACAAAAGUCUCAUGGUUUUAGGAUAUUGUAUUGCUUCUUUGAGCGAUAGCAAACGAAAGAAUGGACACAUUCCUUAUCGAGACAGUAAAUUAACUAAACUACUAGCUGAUAGCUUGGCGGGAAAUGGAGUUACGUUAAUGAUUGCCUGUGUAUCUCCAGCGCGUUCGAAUUUAAGUGAAACUUUGAAUACCCUGAGAUAUGCAGCUCGAGCAAAGAGAAUUCGCACAAAACCAAUUGUAGUGAUGGAUCCCAGGGAAGCAUUAAUUCUUAGUCUAAAAAGAGAAGUUGAUGCUUUACAAAUGGAGAAUGAUCAUUUGAAAUCAACUCUACAUAUUGGAAAUAAAACUUACAUCCGGAAAAAUGCUGAAUCUAAAGAAGAUAAACGAGUCGCUGCCACACCACCUCAAGUUGAUCUUGACAAGUUAGCUGAAUUGGACAACCCGGAAUUAAGUCAGUUAGUUCAGGCUUAUCUCAUCGAGAAUGAAGCAUUACGACGAGAAAAUGCUGAGCUUUAUGCAACGCGUGAUCAAAUCAUUAGAGACCAGGAACUUGUUUGUCGUGAGAAUGAAAGGCUACUGAAAAAGUUGGAAGAUGUUAAUUCAGUUUGCUGUCGUUCACCGAUAAUUCCAGCUCGACCAACAUACUCAGCAGAAAUGUUAAGUAAUUUAUCAAACGAUGAUCUUCCUGGAGCAACUAAUGUAUGGACGAAUCCGAAUUCAGAGACGGAAUUGAUUCGUCCUACUGUAAAAAAAGUAGCUGGUACGGUAAUGCCUCAGAAAGUUUUAAAAGAACUUGAUAAAAGAAUUGUUGGAAGUUUUAAUAAUAUUGCGGAAACAUACAAAGACAAGAGUCAUCAUCGUCGAUAUAACUCCUGGGAUAAUGGAAAUAAUUCAGUUGAAAGUCCUGAUCAAAAUGGAUCUCUUAUUGAUAUCAGUCAUUCAAAGAAAUCAGCAUUUAGAAGAACGUCAACAGUACCUGAAGAAAUGACAUCGAAAUCUGGAGAAAUGUUAAGCUCUCACAUACCAACAUCUCAUUCAUUGGAUGGUACUCCAGAUUCGCUUUUAAGUGGACCAUUGAUGGAAGGUCCCAUUUCUGCUCCAAAUACAGGGGAUUCAGUGGCACCGACAACACCAUUCCCACCUAUAUCUCGUUCGACUUCGCCUGUAAUUAUAAAAAAAGAAGAUCGAGUUGUACACAAAGUUUUUGGUAGUCCAGUUCCUAUAGAUAGAGAUGAUUUUUAAUCUGCAAUGAAUUAAUCAUUAAUGUCUGUGGCUACUUAUGGCCUACGUUAGGCUAGAUAAUUAUGAAUAAUGAUUUAAUUAUUUUUUAAUCAAUUAUUUGAUUAUUUAAUUAUAUAUUUAUUUGUAAAUUGUGAAUAUUUUGAA